AUGGUCGGCAGCGAUGAAUCGCGGGCCCGGGUGCGUCAGAAAUACACGGCACAUGCGUGUCUCGAAUGUCAACGCCGCAAGAGGAAAUGCAGCGGCGAAACGGUGUGCAAAAACUGCCGGUACACCAACAGCGACUGUGUGUAUUCGCCGGCUCCGUCGCGAUUCUCGAAGCCGCGCCGCCUCACGCAACUGUCGCCGCCCGAUUCGACUGGCGGCCAUUGGAGUGCGGUCGACGUCGACCUUCAACCCUACGCGGAACUCUCCAUCUCGUCGCCGGUCAGGCCAAUGGCCGACGACCACGCCGACGCCAACCGCGAGCUGACGUUGCGCACCCAGGCCCUCGAGCAGAAGUACGAGAUGCUGAGACGAGAGCUGGCGGCGCUGAAAGGCCCGGAGCACAGCCGUGCCGGGGUCCACGAGGUCCCCUCCCGCUCGUCUGCUGGCGAACUGCAACGAGGACGUGGCUCGCUGCCACCGACAAGAACUCGGGCCCAGGCCAGGCCCAGGCCCAGGCCGUCGGCUCCCACUGACCCCGGCACCAGCACCACACAGGAGGCGGCGCGAGAGAACGUGUUUGAGCGAAACACGACCUUCGUGGGCGGCACGUCCUUCUUCCACCAGAUCGACCUGCUCGACCGGUCCGUUGCCCGCGACCAUGGCAGCCACGGCGGCGACUUUGGCACGACGUCGCCCAGCUGUUCGGGCGGCCGGGGCCAGGCGGUCGACCUGGAGAGCUCGGUGGCCACCAUGCGGCCGGACAUCGACCAGAUCGUCGCGCAGACGCGGCAGGCGGAUCUGGACGCGAUGCGGCAGUGUGUGGACAUGUACUUCACGAACGUGCACCCGUUCCUCCCCUGCAUCAACGAAGCCCACUUCCGCUCGCAGCUCGCCGGCUUCCUGGCGGCGGCGGACGAGACGGGCAUGCCGGGCAUGGCCAUGGGCCACCGGGUGGCGCUGCAGUUCGCCACGCUGCUCAACUUCAUCAUGGCGGUGGCGCACAUCCUGCACGACACGCACCCCGGCACCCCGGGCAGCCAGGACGACUACGUGCCCGGCUGGAAGGAGUUUUGCCGGGCCGAGAAGCUGCUCGUCCACACGACCUGGCUGGAGAUGGCCAACAUGGUGACGAUCCAGAUCCUGCUGGUCAAGGCGUCGUACUACGUCUACGUGUCGAAGCUGAAUGCCGCCUACGACACCAUGGGCACCGCGGUGCGCCUGUGUUUCCAGCAGGGCCUGCACAACGAGCCGGCCUGGGGCGAGGCGUGCAACUUGACCUUCUACGACCGCACCUACCGCCAGCGCGUCUUCUGGUGCAUCUACUGCCUCAACCACAACGUGGCCCAGAAUGCCGGCGCGCCCGAUCUGAUCUGCGACCUGGACUUCGACGUCGACCUGCCGCGCUGCGUCGACGACCGCAUGCUGUAUCCCAACUGCCCGCCCUUGCCGGAAAUCCCCAAGGCCUCGCCGAUCCCACUCCUGCUGGAGAUCGUCCGCUGGGCCAAGCUGUCCUCCGAGAUCUGGGAUGCCAUGUUCGGCGUGCGCGCCCAGAAGCCCAUCAGCCCCGAGUUCGUGGCCGCGACCGACGACAAGAUCAUGCAGCUGUCGACGGGCGCUCCGCGGUUUUUGUCGUGGCCGCCGGCCGACGAGCAGGGCCACGAGCAGCUGCCGGCCUUCAUCACCCAGCAGAGCUUCAUCUUGUAUCUGCGCAUCCGGCACCUGCGCAUGCUGCUGCGGCGCGAGGAGAUGGUGAGCUUGAGGUACGAGAAGAAAACGGCGCGGCUCUGCAUCGAGAUCGCCACCGAGGUCGUCAACGCGGUCGAGCUGUACUAUUCGUCCAAGGAGCCCCGACGCGCCGAUCGCUAUGCCUACACCCUCCAUCUCACCGGGGCCAUCGUGCCCAUGAUCUGCAUCAUCGUGCGCCGCGACAAUGCCGACGACGUGGUCCGCCCGGCCAUCCAUCUGUUCCAUCGAUCCCUCAAGAUCAUGCAAGCCAUAUCCCACGGCCUCGCUUUCGCUCGGCGCACCCUGGACCAGCUUGGCCGACCCAUCCACGUCGCUCGGAACAUGAUUGACUCGAAGUGGCCCCAGUACGCCCGGCCGCCGCUGGUGAACAGCUACACAGGUCCGUCGCGUGCACCACUCUCGCUGGCUCUUCCGCCGGGCAUGACGCCCAACCCCCACCAGACCUGGACCAACGAUGCCAAUGGGCCCGGGGGCAAUGUCAAUGCUGGUGGCGACCCUCUCACUAACGAGCAGCACCACCGUGCGGUCGAGGACGUUUUGACAUGGGAAGACCUCGAUCUGUGGAGCAAUAUGAACAACUGGUGA